UAGAAUUCAAAAGUAGCUAUUUUGAUAAAUAAAAUUUUAAAAGUAGCCAGUUUGGUAAAAGAUCCGAAUUUUAACUCUCCAACAUUGUUUUUGUUUCUUUGGUUCUACUACGACGAGUUCCCACUGCCUUCGACGAGUGGACUAAUCUCUCGCGGGAGUUUGUAUGGGUAUUUCGAUGGGCAGCAUCCCUCCCAGUUGAGAUUUAUUCCAUACCCAAGAAUCGAACCCGAGACCUUGGUUUAGAAGCAAGAGACCAUUAACCACUCAUGCCAACCUCAAUCGAUAACUAUCCAACAUUGUGAUAAACCUAAGGUAGCUUGAGAAAGCUAGUUCACAUGCGGCUUGUGAGUCUGCAUGUGACUCAUGUGAAGUUGGUUGUUGAGCUAGAAAUUGGUAUCGCAAAGCUUUUAAUUCGUUUAAGUUUAACCUGCUCAAAUUCUCCAAUUAAUUUAACUAACAAAAAAAAAUUCUCCAUAUUAUAUUAUAAAUAAUAAGGCCUACUCAUGGUAUUGUGCAGUUAUGUGGUGUUGUGCUAAGACUCCUUGCUAAUAAAGUAUGGUGUAUGUACUUAAACCAACCAAAGUUGUUGGUGAACUCAAUUUCUUGUGAAUCGGAGGUUAGAAGGUCGUACCCUUGUAAAAAUGUGUGUUAUAUGCAGGUCACAUGCUAAUAUAUAGAAGUUGUUUGGUUAGUAAAAAGGGUCAUGAAAACGGUAACAAACAACUGAAAGUGUUUGGUUUGAUUGUACAAGUAACCCACCAAUGAUUUCUUAGCCUUGUGGAUAAGACUGAGAGUUUGUGUACGAUAGAUCUCAGGUUCAAAUCUACUCUCAUAUUUGUAAUUUAUUAUUGUCUUUAUGGCUCAUGUGCAACAAAACAAAAAAGUCAAAAGGGAAAAAGGUCACAAAAUACACCUUCCCUCUCAGCUCCUUCCUUCCUGGUUUUCUUUUAGAUCUCAAAAAAUCAUUAAUUCUUUUGCCAUUUUCUUCUCAAUUUGUUAUUUUCAUCAUCUUUGGUUUAGAAAAUCAAUUUCUUUCUAUUCUUUGGAUUUGGCGAUAAAUUUCUACAAUAAUUUCUCCAAAGUUGACUGUUUUCCUUUUGAUAUUGUUGGUUCGUCAGUGUUUGGUUGUCUUUUAUGGAUAUGUUCAAAAUUGAAGUAUUUUUGGGUUCAGACUGUCGCAAUAGCUUCUUCAAUGGUUGGCGUUUAGGAAAUUGGAGAAGUUGUUGUCCCGUUUGUAGUCGACUACGACUUAGGUAGCCUUGUUAGUGGUUUUGCAUUGAAAGACGGGGUUUUUCGGGGUCUAUUUUGAGUAGCUUUUCCAUUAAUUUUCCAUGUUUGUGUAAGGGUCUUAAAGGCAGAGUAGUGAAUGUAGUACUCCCUCCGUCCCUUAAUACUCGAUCCGUUUUGAUUUUUUGCACUAUCCACAUAAUUAACUUUGACCCUAUUUUAUUUCUAGUGUAUGAAAACAAAUGUUAGUAUAUAAUAUAUUGUUGGCUUCGUUUUAAUAUAUAUUUUCAAAAUAUUAAUAUUUUUAUAAAUGUAGUUAAAGAAAUUGGUGGUCAAAGUUGUGCAUUGGCAAGCGUGUCCGGUCAAAACAGGUCAAAUAUUAAGGGACAGAGGAAAUACUACGUAAUGGCUAGAACUUUUGAUUCUAUAUGAUUAAGCCUAUAUCAAAAAAAAAAAAUGACAACCGAGUCUGUGUUAUUAUUGAUAACCUUGGUGAUAUUUUCCCCCAACUCUAGGUCUACACCACUGUUACCUAAUUCGCUAGUAUGAGAUUGGGUACGGGAUCGCAAUUUUCUACCUACGUUGCUAAGUUAGACCAAAAUUGUACCAUUCUCAUGUUGUAAUUCGCCUUUUCGAUUCGCGGUUCCCGAGAUAAUUAGAGAAUUAGGUAACACUGGUCUACACACAAGAAUCAAAGUUGUUUCGAAUGUUGUUUCCUAUGCUGAGACAGUUUGACCUGUGAUGGGUGAGGAAGUUACUGCAUGAUGCCAAGUUUCUUAGUGUUUUGCGGGAGGAGUCUUAACUUUACUCUGCCUCCUAUGAAAAAAUCACAGCCACAAGUUGCCUAUGUUGUUUAUGUAGUAUGAGAAGGUUGAUAUUAGGUAUGAAUAUGGUGUAGGUAUUCGAACCGAUAGCAUUACCAAAUUUGAUAAUCAAUAACCAAUAAUGUUUAAAUUGAUAUCCAUGAACCGAAUCGUUAAGUAUGGGUAUCCAAAUUUUCGGAUCGGAUACCUGUCCGGCAUCUGUUAUGAUGUCCGAUUGAAAAAAAAUUGAUUUUAUAACUAGAUUAUUGCAAUAUCAUUCAACACUAAAUGUCAACAUUAUUACUAUAUAAUAAAAUUACAAUUCACUCAAAUUAUCCCUUACUUAUUAAUAUUUAAGAUUUUAAGAUCUUGGGAAACAGCAUUUAAAUUGGGAAAAACUUAAAAAUACGACUUAUCGGAUCGUUAUCUAUUACACCGUUAUUUAUAAAAUGAUAUCGUUAAACGUAUACAAUACCCGAAUUUCAGAACGGGUACCCAAACCGAUAACCAUCCACUUUUCGGAUUGGAUGCCGAAUGUAUGUUAGUAUAAUCUUAUUAAUGUAAAUAAUGUUUGUAAUGUACUACGUAAGUCAAAGAAAAUAAAAUAGUUAGCAUAUUAGGCGUGAUUAAUUGUUCAGCUCGUCUCCUGUGAGACCUGUCACACCAUCAACUUGAGGGUGUGACGAGCGGGAAACCAAUAGCGUACUUCCCCUAAAACUAAAAAAAAAAAAAAAAAAAAGUAACAGAUAGAUCUAAACUAUAGAAGUAACAUACCUAAACUAAAAAAGUACCUCCUCUAAAAUUAAAAAAAAAAAAAGAAAAAAAAAGUAACAUGUCUAAACUAUAGAAGUAACCUACCUAAACUAAAAAUGUACCUCCCCUAAAACUAUUCCGUAUAAAAAAAAAGUAACAUGUCUAAACUAUAGAAAUAACAUACCUAAACUAAAAAAGUACCACAUCUAAAUUAUAAAAAUAAAAAAAAAUAAAAAAAAAGUAACAUGUCUAAACUAUAGAAGUAACAUACAUAAACUAAAAAAAUACCUCCUCUAAAAUUAUUAAAAAAAAGGAACAUGUCUAAACUAUAGAAUUAACAUACCUAAAUUCGCAAGUGUGAACUGGUUUCACCAUCAGUUGAUGGUGAGGACAGUCUCAUAUAAGAAUUUAGGUUAAUUGUUAGCCGAUUUCACGCAAUAAUAUUCUCAUUGUAUUAGGUAUACUACUUCCAUUUCAGAAAGUUAUUUAUAGUUACUAUUUGCACGGACUCCAGUGCAAUAUUUAACUACUAAUAUAUUCAAUUUCGUAUGUGGAAAAUUUAUAAAAAGUUGAUAUUCUGAAAAUACAUACCGAGACUAAUCUAACAAGAUCUUAUCACUACAAGAAAUUGUACUAUUAACGACGGGAAAUCCCGUCGCGAAAGGCCAAUAAUCGUUGAUUAACGACGGGAUUUCCUGUCGCGAACCCGUCAUAAAAGGGGGCCGUCGUUAAUAGGAAUCCCGUCGUAAAUCCGUCGUAAACCCGUCGUAAAAGACAUUUGCGACGUUUAUUCCCGUCAUUGUUUGGUUGUUAGCCCCGUCGCAAAAGGCUUUUGCGACGGGAUUUUUGACCCGUCGUAAAUAGGUUGUCGUUAAAGAUACAAAUUCUUGUAGUGUAUAUGUAACGUUUUGAUAUAUAUAAUAGUGAGAACUUACGGUCAAAGUUUUCAUAUUUUAGACACAUAUUCCUAAUCGUAAAAAGAACUUUCAGAAACGGAGAAAGUAUAUUGGAAAGUCAGUAAUCCAAAACCUAUUAGUGGAACGAAAGAAAUUAUACCCUUUUGAGAAAUUGUUGCAAACGGCAGUUUCUUACAAAAAAUCCAUUUAACAUAAACCUCCAACUCAUCAACAUAACGCCGUAAUGGUUAUUCGAAUUAAGAUUUUCCUAAUUCUAAACGUCCAACAAAUUAAAGACUUUCAAGAAAUUGUAUUUGUGUAGGAUUGUGUAUCCUAAUUCUAAACGCAUUACAGUAUUACUCUUCUCGUAUAAAUACUCUGCCAUGAUUAUUAAUAAUCUCAAAGCAAACCCCUAAUUAAUAUUUACAUAAACGCAUAAAAUCCCUACGUCUAUCGAUUAUAUUCUUUAAGUAUCAAAUAUGGUGGUCGAAGGAGGAAGAUGGAAGAUUGCUGCAAAUUAUGAUAUAAUAAUUGAUGGGUGCUUACCUCCUGAGCUAACACUUGAAAUCUUGCUUCGAUUACCGGUAAAAUCAUUGCUAAAUUUCAAAUUAGUAUGCAAAUCAUGGAAUUCCCUCAUCUGCAGUCCCGAUUUCAUAAAAUCUCAUACACGCAAUUCAAACAACCCGUCCUUAACCUUGUUAUAUGAUCGAGAUUUUAUGGAACUUUAUUCUCUAAACCCUACUGUAUCACAGGUAGACCUUACUCCCCAGUACUAUCCGUAUUCUGAAUUUAUUGGAUCAUGUGAUGGGCUUAUAUGCAUAUAUUCGCCACGCAAAGAAUGCAUCUACAUCUUAAACCCUCUCACCAACGAAACCAAGAAAAUUUCAACCCCGUACCAUGAACCAGACCGUAUGAUUCGUGUUUCAUGGUUCGGGUUCGAUCCCUCGAUCAAUGACUAUAUGAUUUGGUUAGUAGUUGGCAUACGAAAACGAAACCUAAGAAUCCAUGUAUAUUCAACGAAGGAUGAUAAUUGGAGAGAAUUAGAUACUAGUGUUUUUAUAUUCAUCGAUGAUUGCAUGUUUUGGGGAAUGAAUGUGGUGGUAAUGAAUGAGACAUUGCAUUGCUGGUUGGGCAAUGAUUACAACAACUUCAUGGUUAAAUAUAAUUUAGUCAAAGACAUUAUCGAGAUCGAGCGGAUUAAUUUGAAUUAUAAUCAAGAUAUUAAGUAUAGUAAUGAACCAUCCAUUGGUAUUCUUCAAGACUCAAGUCUCUGCCUUUGUAAGGUUAAUGGCAUUAAUGGGGUGAUGGAUGUUUGGAAGUUAGAUCAAUAUAGCAACUCGGAUUUUUGGAACAAAUUGUUUCGCCUUGAUUUGGGGUUACCGAAAUUUGUUACUCUUCUGGGAUUCACAUCUAAUGGGAGAAUUUUGGUAAAGUCAUCCUCCUAUGAACUUGUGCUUGUCGAUCCGAAUCAAAAUCCACCUCUUCAAGUGAGACUAGGAACUAUAGAUUAUCAUAAUGAUAGAUGUAGGUCAUUUGAUUUGUUGGAUUAUUCGGAGAGUCUUGUUUCUCCGUUUUCAUUGCCUUAGACAAGACUCCAAAUUGCAAUCUGUUGAGAAUAAUGUGUUUAUAUAUCCUGAAAAAUAGAAUAUCGUUUGUGGUAGAAUUAUGUUAUAUUUUUAACUAUAAGAUAUCUAUUACUAUAUACUAAAAGAGACACCGGGAAUGACACGUGUCAAUUCCUGGUGCGAUUUUUUCCCGCCAAAACCACUUUCCCAAAAAACAUGUAUCUGUUUUAUUUUAUUUUUAUUCUCUACCUUUUUCAUAAGCAAUUUAUGUAUG